UAAUGGAGUCGGAUGAACAAGUGAAUGAACAUUUAAAAAUGCAGUUUAAGAUUCUCCAAGAGCAGCAGCAGAAGCGGAUGCAGAAUUUGCUGGAGAAAAAGAAGGAGAAGCAGCAGAGUCUCACCCAAGGCCACCCGGAUGGUCAAAAGGACAUCUUUGGAGUCUCAGAUGAUCUCGCAUUAUCCACACUGGACUGUCCGGUGGCAAAGGAGGACUUCAGCAAAAGAUUGCUUGAGGAUGAAAUCGAGCAGUUGCGGGAGCAGCUUCGGGAAACCGUGGAUGAAAACGGCCGGCUCUACAGGCUGCUGAAGGAGCGAGACUUCGAAAUUAAGCAGCUGCAGAAGAAAAUAGAGGAGGAGAGGCUGGCCAUGAUGGGAACGGGGGGCUUGACGGGAGACGUCGCUGCCAGUAAAAUCGUCCAAUUGGCCAAACAGAACCGUCACCUGACGGCCGAGGCUGAAAAAGAGAAAGCCAAAGUGAAGCAGCUGAGUCACCGGAUCAAAGAGCUGGAGAAAGAAUUGCAUCUGUCCGCAGCCAUGCUCCAGUCUCACGGAGGCAAAGACGGUCGACCUGUGCGUCAAACGGCAGACGGGCCUUUGAGCCCAGAGAUGAAAGCCCUGCAAGAUAAAUUAUCAGCGGCCAACUUGAAAGUAUCCGAAUGUCGCAACCAGCUCCAGACCACGAAACAAGAGCUGAGAGUGGCACAGAAGCUUUUAGGAAGCGAAGUUGGAGAAGACGUCAACGUUCAGAAUCUCAUGUCCAACCCUGGCAUGUGGCGCGGGAGAGCUCAGCAGAUCCUCGUCCUGCAAGGCAAAGUCCGGGAGCUGGAGUGCCAACUGGGCCACGCCAAAAAUGGGACAUCCCUGAGCUGUGGAGAUGAAGACCCCACCAUCCUCACUAGCCCAGGGAAGAGAUCUGCCCAGAGGAACCUGCAGCGGAUUCAGAGCCUGGAGAGAGAAAAGAAAGAAGCCCUGGAGAAGCUGACCAGUGAACACAGCAGCCUCCAGAAAGACCACGAGGAGGUGAAAAAGAAGCUGGACGCUUCCAAAGCGAGGAGCCAAGUGUUGUCCAGCGAAGUGAAAACCCUGAAGGAGCAAAUCGCAACCCUGCUGGACAAAGGGAAGCACGACGACGAACUCAUCGACGCUCUGAUGAGCCAGCAGAAGGAAAUGCAAGUCAUCCUGAAGAAUCUGAGUCAGCAGGAGGAAAGGAACAAGGAAUGCCAGCAGAGCCUGGGGAAGCAGCUGAAUGUCCAAGAGCAGAAGCAGAACUGCGUCAUCGAGCAGCUCAGGCAGACGCUGGCCGAGCGAGAAGCUCAAGUGAGAGCGCUGGAGGAGAAUCUCAUCUCACAGGUAAGCCACCAGCAGCGUCUUCAUCGAUCGGAGGAAGGCGGAUCAGAUUCCGCUUCGACUCUGUCUGCAGAGUCUUUGGAAGAAGAGAAUUGCACGUCAGCGUCCAGGAAGGGGGAUCGCGUUGGCAGGAACACCUCCACGAGGAUCACGUCUAACAUGGGGCACACCCUGGUGGAAUCUGCUGAAACGUCGAUUCCAGCCACUGACUCUUCCGGCAGGCCUGUCGAGACCAAUGACUUGGAGGCGAAAGACUGGAAGGUCCAGAUCGCAGAGUACAAAGCUCUCUGUCUAGCCGCCGAACUAGAGAGGGACAAGCUGGUCCAGUUGGUCGGAGUCCUUCAGAAAAGGGUGGACGACAGCAGCGCGAGGGUCUGGGCGGCCGAGAAGCAGCUUCAAGAGCAGCAGCGUAAGAGCAUUGCCCUCGAGCAGCAGCUGGAGAAACUGCGAGCGGAAGCCGGGAAGAACAGCGUCGUGUCCAAGGCCCCCUUCAAGGGCAAAGCGGGUCAGUCCAACAGCAGCACCAGGCUCAGCUGGAGCGCAAGUGAGAAGAAAGAUCCUCCAUCUGCUGAACUCACGGAAGUGCCCUUGGAGUCCCAAAUAGAAGACCUGUCUGCAAGGCUCACAGUUCAAAUGGAUGAGAACGCUGGCUUGAAGACUGCCUUGGAGAACCUAAUGAAGAUCAAAGAAGAGGACUUCCGGGCGUACCAGGAGACCAUGGGCCAGGUGAAAGAGAUCUUCCUUCAAGCGCUGAGGCAGCAGAAGCAGGAGAGGAGCUAAGCCUGAUCCAUCCGAAGUGCCUUGCCACGGGAAACGGAAUCGUAAGGGUGCCCCGGCCUUCAUUUGAGACACUGUGGUGUCCUGUCACCAGGUUCCUGCCUCUCCCCCAGUAGUAUCUAUUUAAACGCGGGAGGAGAGCGAGAAGUGGAGCUGAUCUGGGGAGGAUACGGCUGCUGUAACAAAGCCCGGCCUGCAAGACAAGCAGAAUGAAACCAGCUGUCAUUGUGCAUAAAGAUGGACAUUGGGCCUUACCUACUGGGACGUCAAUCCUGCAUCCCGAAGGCGGAAUUAAAAUCUGUAAGGGGCAAUUCAGUGGCUACAACGCUGCUUUUUUUGUUUUGUUUUUUUAAAAAAAUCUGUAAAUAUAGGAUGUUUUCCA